GCGCAAAAAAGGCCCCCACGUGUUCCGAUCCGCUAGGCCCAGCGCGGCUCGGAUCCGGCGGUGCUGUUUCGGCCGGGAGUGGGUGGGGGAGAAGCUGGGGCAGGGGAGGAGCCGCUGGAGCUGUCGGAGCCGUGACACCCAGGGCAGCUACACUCAGAAGCCACAAGGAUGCCAAAGUCCCUCGUCCCUCACAACUUUUCUUCCAAGCUGCCCCAUGGGCGUAGGUCCAGAAAGCUACUUCAAAAAGCUUUACUCCUUUUGUACUCUACGUACUAUACUCUGUUGCAGUAGAGAAUCAUUUCAAGGACGCAGAAUGGUUUAUUGCAAUGUAAAAGACUCGGGUAUUACAGAUUAUAAAGAUGAGGUUCCUUGGGAGAAAUUCCUCAAGGUGUCCAGGCUGAGACUAGGGGAUAACGACAGCGUGGUCUCUAGAUGGUGUGAGACCACUACAGAGCCAGGAAAUGGCUACAGCCUUGGAACCAGAGGACCAGGAUCUUUGGGAAGAAGAGGGAAUUCUGAUGGUGAAACUGGAAGAUGAUUUCACCUGUAGGCCAGAGUCUGUCUUGCAGAGGGAUGACCCUGUGCUGGAGACCUCCCACCAGAACUUCCGAUGCUUCCGCUACCAGGAAGCAGCAAGCCCUCGAGAAGCUCUCAUCAGGCUCCGAGAACUGUGUCACCAGUGGCUAAGGCCAGAGAGGCGGACAAAGGAGCAGAUCCUAGACCUGCUUGUGCUGGAACAAUUCCUUACCGUCUUGCCUGGAGAACUGCAGAGCUGGGUGCGGGGCCAACGGCCAGAAAGUGGCGAGGAGGCAGUGACGCUGGUGGAGGGUUUGCAGAAACAACCCAGGAGACCAAGGCGGUGGGUGACUGUCCAUGUUCACGGCCAGGAAGUCCUGUCAGAGGAGACAGUGCAUCUAGGAACAGAGCCCGAAUCACCUAGUGAGCUGCAGGAUCCUGCGCAGACCUCGCUCCUUGAGCAGUCCCAUGAGGAAACCACACAGAGCCCUGAUCUGGGGGCACCAGCAGAGCAGAGCCCACACCAGGAAGAGGAGUUCCAGCCCCUGCAGGAGAGCGAGCUCCCAGUGCUCCAGGACCCAGACCUUCCUGCAGAGAGGAGCUCUGGAGACUCAGAGAUGGUUGCCCUUCUUACUGCUCUAUCACAGGGACUGGUAACUUUCAAGGAUGUGGCUGUAUGCUUCUCCCAGGACCAGUGGAGUGAUCUGGAUCCGACACAGAAAGAGUUCUAUGGAGAGUAUGUCUUGGAAGAAGACUGUGGAAUCGUGGUCUCUCUGUCAUUUCCAAUCCCCAGACCUGAUGAGAUCUCCCAAGUUAGAGAGGAAGAGCCUUGGGUCCCAGAUAUCCAAGAGCCUCAAGAAACUCAAGAUCCAGAAAUCCUGAGUUUUACCUAUACAGGAGACAGGAGUGAAGAUGAAGAAGAAUGUCUUGAGCAGGAAGAUCUAAGUUUAGAGGAUAUGCAUAGGUCUGUUCUGGGUGAUCCAGAAAUUCACCGAACUCCAGACUGGGAAAUAGUCUUUGAGGAUAAUCCAGUUAGACUUAAUGAAAGAACAUUUGGUACAAAUAUUUCUCAAGAGAAUAGUUGUGUGAACCUUCAGGAAACCAUGCCUGUCCUCCCCCUGUUAGGGCGACAUCAUGACUGUUCUGUGUGUGGAAAAAGCUUCACUUGUAAUUCCCACCUUGUCAGACACCUGAGAACUCACACAGGAGAGAAACCUUAUAAAUGUAUGGAAUGUGGAAAAAGUUACACACGGAGCUCACAUCUUGCCAGGCACCAAAAAGUUCAUAAGAUAAACACUUACAAAUAUCCCCUAAACCGGAAGAACUUAGGUGAGACCUCCCCUCUAAUCCAAACUCAGAGAACUCCAUCUGUUGAGAAACCCUAUAGAUGUGACGAUUGUGGAAAACACUUCCGCUGGACUUCAGAUCUUGUCAGGCAUCAAAGGACACAUACAGGAGAAAAACCUUUCUUCUGUACUAUUUGUGGCAAAAGCUUCAGCCAGAAAUCUGUACUAACAACACACCAAAGAAUCCAUCUUGGAAACACACCCUACUUGUGUGGAGAAUGUGGAGAGGACUUCAGUGACCACAGGCGGUACCUGGCACACCGGAAGACGCAUGCAGCUGAGGAACUCUAUCUCUGCAACGAGUGUGGGCGGUGCUUCAACCAGAGCGCAGCAUUUGCCAAGCACCUGAGAGGACAUGCCUCUGUGAGGCCCUGCCGAUGCAACGAAUGUGGGAAAAGCUUCAGUCGGAGGGACCACCUUGUCAGGCAUCAGAGAACACACACUGGUGAGAAACCGUUCACAUGCCCUACCUGUGGAAAAAGCUUCAGCAGAGGAUAUCAUUUAAUCAGACAUCAGCGGACCCACUCAGAAAAGACCUCCAUGUGAGGAGGUCUGCUGUUAGAUCUCACCUGAGGGAGGUGAGAGAGAAGAAAAUCCCUCUGGUCAGCCUGGGAAGACAUUUUCUAGGGAGUUUUCUGACCUGCCCAGAGCUUACAUCACCUCUUCCCACAACUACAUAAAAACCCAGACAGAACUUCUCAGCCUUCUACGCCUUGAGGAGAUGUUUUGUCCAAAGUACAACCUGAAUGCAGCUUCUCCUUCACUGGAGUGCUCCUGCCUCUACCUCGUGGGUGUGAAGUAGGAGAAUUAGAAGACUUAAGAGGUUAUGGUUACAGUAUUGUCCAAAAAUGGGCUGUUACAUAUCCUAAAGACUGCUUAACAGCUUCAAGUUGAACGUGGCCAAGGACAGCCCCUUAGGUUUGGUAAGGGACCAGCCUGAAGGAUUCUGUCCUUACUGGGCUCAAAUCUUAAAGCACACAGCUCUGAACUCAAGACAGGAGGUUUGCAUCUUAAUGGCUUUGCCACACAUUCACAGGAUAACUGUGAAAAUCCCUCGCUGUCUGAUUCACUUCUUACCAUGCACUUUCCUUUGAUGCUGGGGGAAAUGGGAGAAGUGGGCAAAAACCUCAAGGCUGCUUCAUAUGGACCUUGUCAAGCUGCUCCCUCCCCCAAUGUCAAAAUGAUAUCAGGUGCCAAACACUGCUAGAAAGAAGGGCCUAGUCAGAAGCCUCUUUUCUUGUGGGUUUUGUUUUUGUUUCCUUUUUAAAAUACUCAUGUCUUUACCCUUCUCACUGUUCAACCAGUCUCUUGGUUUUGCCCCUGGCACUUCUACUACAAAUGAGAUGUAGUUUUUGGGUGUUGAAGGAUUCAGUAAAGCAUAAUUAAGUCAAUGAAGUCAUUUACAUUCCCACAUAUGCACAGGCUCGCCCCUUCUCCACACCCCCUUCAUAUGGGUGGUAUGAAUGGGGAUUUUGGAACAGUGUCAGCUUACAAAGACACUAUAACAAUUCAUCAUGAUUACCUGGGCCAUUUCAUUUACAUGAAGAAAACUGGAGAAGUUCUAAGAUCAAACUAUGGAAAAGUAAGAAAAAGUUGGCAAGACCAUUCUCCUGACAUCUAUUCACCAACCUUCCCUGCCUCAGUUUUCUAACAUCAUGGAAAAUUAUGAACCCCAGCACCUGGGACCCUGAGGAAUUUACCAGGAGUAAAUGUCUUUCAUGUAUUUGUGUUGUUUGCUUUUUCUUAUGUGAUUUUAUUUUCAUGUAACUAAGAACUAAAUAAUAUGAUGGCCCAAGGAUCUCAGUUGCCUGUUAAAGUUUCCAUGCAGAUGAGGCUGAAUAAUUAUGAACCUCACCUGCUCCGACUGUGGAAGUGGCAAGGACUGGGGAGACAUUUUUCAUAAAUGUAGCACAGGGUAUGGGGUUAAAGCAUGAGAGGGAGACCGUCUUCUGUGCCUGGUUUCUCCUGCUCUAUUUCACAAUCCAUUAUGGGCCAGUGUACACCAGAGGAAUAUGGAGGGAGUUAAGACUCCAAGCCUAAUGGCCCAACAAGGAAAUUCUUAUUUUGGUCAGUGAUAUUCUGAUGGACUGGUUUGGUUUUAAUACCAGUCAACCAUUUUCCUUCUGGAAACAUACACAUAUGAAAUAAAUAAAGGUAACAUUUGCAGCCAA